AUGCCGGGCCGUGGCAAGGCCACGGCGAAGCCCAAGGGCGUCCCGUGCCGGCGACACAGCCGGCCCCCCGGCUGCGUGGUGCGCGCCGCCGCGGCCGUGCGGAUCCAGGCCUUCUACCGGGGACGCCUGGGACGGCAGCUGGCCACGCGGAGGCGGCAACGGAUGGAGCAGGAGAAGUUGGAGGAGGAACAGCAGAAAAGGAUGGAGCAGAAGAAACAACAGGCUUUGGAGGAGGCUGAACGUCAGAAAAAAAUGCAGAAGGAGAAUUUGCUGAAGGAGUUCCGGGAGCGAAAAUGCACCCUGGAAGAGAUGUGCCAAGGGCUGCCUUCCCACACUCGUGACUGGGAGGAGAAACCCUUGAUGCUUCUGGAGAUGUUGGACGGAGUUGGCUGCUGCGAAGCCUGGCUGGGGCGUCACAUGGAUGGCAGAUCGGCCAGAAAGGCCUACCUGGCACUGGCCAGGAAGUGGCACCCCGACAAAUGGACGGUGCAAGGCGAGCGCUGUGUGGCCAUUGCCACCGAGGUGGCGAAGCAGCUGGUCCGCGCCUAUGAGCAGCUCUGCAUCGACCUCCCCCGCGCUCCGGCGGACAACUGCGCUGCCGAAGACGACGACGAGACCCGCGAGUGCUGCGAGUUUGCCAGCUGGGUCGGGGUGUCUUUCCACGGGAUGGAGGAGAUUUGGAAGGAACGGCGUGGAGUGAAGAGAUGA